AUGUUUCGCAUCAUCUCCUGCUUGCGAGCUCCUAUGAGCAAAUGGAGCUUGCCGCUCUUAUGUACUGGAAAGAGAACCUUUUCUGAGGUUGUUACAUGUCGCUCAACAAGCUCGAGAGCAGGCACCAACACCUCGAGUUCGAACAUCAUGUGCUGCCGUUCUCCAACUUGUGAUGAUUCAGACGAGCUGUCUCCUCUGGACCAGGGCCAGUUGGCUCAACUAUUCUCUGGACGAUUCCCAGCUGAUUUUUCGGGCGAAGCUAUAUACGUUAGGACCUCGCGAAAUGACUUUCAUAAAUUGGUUGAUGCAUUUGACAGAACCAGCGACGAACGAAAACGGACAAUCUCCCUCGAGUUUGAUAAACAGUUUUCCACAACUACCGUUCGGUUGAAACAAACGACUUUGCAUGGGUCCGUUAUUGACUUCAUUAAUGAUCAACUUAGACGCCAUAUUCACAGUAAAAGUAUCUUUUACGCUCGAAAUUAUUGUCUUCUCGAAGGUUUAUCAGAGCCAGAUUUCCAAGUCCGCUACCGAAAACAGGGCUCUAAAUUGAGCGACCCUCUCAUGGCCUUCGAAGUUGGGUUCUCGCAACCAAGUGAGGAACUCGAACAAAAAGUGAAAGCGCUGCUCGAAAAAUCUUCAACAAAAGUUGGUAUAAUGUUCGAUUUUAAAGAGUCUCCUAAAUAUAAGAAUCCAUUCAUUCUGGUCUUUUCAAAAAACUCUACAACCGGGAAAGCGGUUGCGAAGACAAGAAAAAUGCUCUUCUACGGGAGACAGGAGACAGUAGAUCAGCAGUGGAAGCAGAGGCCACAGAUACAGAGGGCGCACUCUGGGAAGGAUCUUGGGGAGUGUGGCGAUCGUGCAUCAAAAGCAGGGGAAAAUGAAGGGGAGGUUCACAAUGGCGAAAAAGGCAUAAACGACGAUGAUAAGCAAAAUUAUGUCGCUGACCCCGAACUCAAUGUCGCACUAGCCGACUUCCUCCCGUUCCAUGACCCAAUGGAUCGAAAAGCACUUACUUUUGACUGGGACUGGUUGCGCUCUAUACUCGACGACUGCAAGGGAGAUCUGGCUGAGGCCCGUAUCGCGAACGCUAUCAUGUUCCUGAGAAAUAAGGGAGAGCAGGUCUGA